GAGGAGGAGCCAUCGGCGGACCUCCUGGAUCUGCCCAAGGAGGAGCGGCGCGCAUGAAAUCUCGUCGUCCCCGGUUAAAGGUUAAUCAUGGCUGUUUCCAGCCUUGUCCGACAUUGCCCAUUUGGACACCUUUGGACCUUACCAAGGUUGCAAAUAAAAUGCCAGAGAAAAGCCUUGAGUGCGUGGAUCAGGACUGCACCUGCGUCUAAAGUUAAGCAGGAAGUAACAGAACCACAGAAGAGACAAGUACUCAUGCCAUCUAACCAAUGGAGCAUCAAUUAUUUGGUCAAAAGAAGUCUGCAUGCUACCGAGCUUUACCUUCAGAAAGUAAUGCUCACAAGUGAACGAUACAGGGUCCAGAGACUUCCCUUUGCACAUGUUUCUGACGCAGACUUAUCUUUCUUUGAACACCUUAUGCCUGGCAGGGUCAUCACAGAUUUAGAUGAACUGAAACUCUUUAAUGUGGACUGGCUGAAGUCGGUGAGAGGCUGCAGUAAAGUGUUGCUGAAGCCAUGGACAACAGUGGAAGUCUCUGAGAUUCUCAGGUACUGCAGUGAGAGGAACUUGGCUGUGAACCCUCAGGGGGGUAACACUGGCCUCGUUGGGGGCAGCGUCCCUGUCUUUGAUGAGAUCAUUCUCUCCACAGCUCUUAUGAACCAAGUCAUCAGCUUCGACAAUGUUUCUGGAAUCCUGGUUUGCCAGGCUGGCUGCAUUUUGGAGAACCUCAACCAGUAUCUGGAGCAGCUGGAUUUCAUUAUGCCUCUCGACCUAGGAGCAAAAGGCAGCUGCCACAUUGGAGGAAACGUAGCUACAAAUGCCGGUGGCUUGCGACUUUUGCGGUAUGGCUCUCUCCGAGGAACUGUCCUGGGACUAGAAGUGGUCUUGGCUGAUGGCUCCAUUCUGAACUGUUUGGCAUCUCUGCGGAAGGACAAUACAGGCUAUGACUUGAAGCAGCUUUUCAUUGGAUCAGAGGGAACCUUGGGGAUCAUUACUGCCGUGUCCAUCCUCUGUCCACGGAAACCCAAGGCUGUGAACCUGGCAUUUCUUGGUUGUCCAAGUUUCUCUCAUGUCCUGAGAACCUUCACCACCUGCAAGGGUAUGCUAGGAGAGAUCCUGUCUGCCUAUGAGUUUAUGGAUAAUGAAUGCAUGAAGUUGGUUGAGAGGCACCUCAAGCUGGCCAACCCAGUUGCAGAAAGCCCUUUCUAUGUGUUGAUUGAGACUUCAGGCUCCAAUUCUAUCCAUGAUGAGGAAAAACUGAGCCAUUUCCUGGAACAUGCCAUGGCCUCUGAUUUGGUGGUAGAGGGAACUCUGGCCUCAGAAGAGAAAAAAAUUAAGGCACUGUGGGCUUUACGGGAACGGAUCACAGAGGCCUUGUCAUGCGAUGGAUUCGUUUACAAAUAUGACAUUUCGCUCCCUGUGGAAAGACUCUAUGAGCUUGUGGCUGACAUGCGGGCACGUCUGGGCAAAAGCGCCAAGAAUGUGGUAGGCUACGGCCAUCUAGGAGAUGGAAACCUGCAUUUGAACGUCACAGCAGAAUCCUAUAGCCAUUCUCUGCUGGAAGCCAUUGAGCCAUAUGUGUAUGAGUGGACUUCUCAGCAUCGUGGAAGUAUCAGCGCAGAGCAUGGCCUGGGCUUCAAGAAGAAGGAUUAUAUCCACUACAGUAAGCCACGGGAGGCAGUGUUUCUCAUGCAGCAAUUCAAGGCCAUGUUGGACCCCAAAGGGAUUCUAAACCCUUACAAGACUUUACCUGUCAAGUCGGUAUGAUUGUGCCUGUUGAUGAAGUGAUCUAACAACUUGCCAAGUUGCAGCUGGAAAUGAAGGUUUAAUUCUUCUUCUUUUUUCCAGAGUGAAGAAGUGGUGUAAAGGAGCUGGAUUCUCUUCCCAAUAUUGUUUACCAGCUCACAUGCUCUGAACUAUUUGAAAAGCAAAGAGCAUUUAUGACUCUAGCAACCCAGUUGUUUAAGGGUCUUACCUUCAAGGUUUCAGAUCUCUCCCAAUUUUCUUAACUGGGCUCGGGAACCUGUCACUCUCCAGAUGUUGCUGGACUCCAACUCCCAUCAGCUCCUGCCAGCAUGGUCAAUGAUCAGAUAUGAUAGGAAUUGUAGUCCAACAUGCACACAAAUUAUAGGAGCAGAAGUCCACAGGAUGUAGGGUGUGGUAGGAUACAUCAUUAUUUAUAGGAGAAAAGUAAAUUCCACAGGAUGUAGGGCGUGGUAGGAGGCGUCAUUUACAGGAGAAAAGUAAAGAGACUUUGGCAUGACAGUUUCUCUUAGCUUCUGUCACAAUGACCACAAGUAUUCUAAAUACAAUUAACAGCAGCAAGAUUGUGCAAGAUCCUUGAAGAAGAGGUGGAUAUUUAUUGUUUUGCUUUGAACUAAAGGUGGGGGCAAGGGUAAAUAAAUCGUUAACUUUUAUCUAUGGAAAAAUAAAAUACGUACAGAAAAUA